AUGCACGACGAUAGAGUUCUGCUUUUUUAUCUCUUUGGUCUGGUUACACGAGCAGAAAUUGCUACCGAGCCCAGCUGUCGUAUCACCAACUCAACCUCAUCUGACAGUUCUACAAUUUCUCAAACUGAACAUUAUUCGCUCCUCUUUAAUCUAUCUGGUAUGUCCAUCAACCACUGGACCGUGCCAGCUCGUCUACCGUCAAAGCCGGGCUCUCUCGACUGGUCGCGCAUCGCACCCUUGAAGUACCAGGAGCCUCCGGGUAAACAAGCGCGCCCGCUCGUAGACAUGUCAAUACGUGUCGUGGCGAAGAACAUUGGCAUUGUAUCGAAAGAGCUCCUGGAAACCAUCCCACCGCGUGUGCUCUGGCGGCUAUGGCGGUUUCUGGAGGCAAGAGGAGGCGCAUGCUUGCACGCCUGGAGAAUAUUUUCGGAAGUUCUUACGAGCGAUGACGAGGAAGACCAGGUGCUCGCCGCUCGACUCUUCGUCUGUGGAUUUUAUUACGCACAUUACCAUCUCUGGCGACUGCAUGUUUACAGCAUCAUGGCCUCAUUUCCUCAUGUGAGCGACCGCAUCGUCCGAGGUUGGUCAGACGCCCCGGAUCCGUUUCCGUUACUACGAGUCUUGAGAAUAUGGGGUGAUCAGUCAGUCACUGAAGUGUCUCUGCGGUGGGUUGCAAAGUUCCCGUCUCUGGUACUCUACGACGUUAUGGCGGGAAAGGACGAUUGGACGUCUGCAUACGAAGAAGCCGAGACGACAGGCUGGACAGUGUCUCAGCAAGUCACUAGAGCUGAGGACACGUCAAUUUUGAGAUAUCUCAUGCUCCUUGCUCCCGGCGAAGAAAUCCCUAUGAAUCGUUUCUCAGAUCUGUCCAGGGGCAUUGACGUCGAUCUUAUCAACUUGUCCAGUGACCCGCGCUGCGUGCUGAAGCGUGUGCCACACGGCGGGGCGCCGCCGCUUCUCGACUACCUCAUGGACCCAGCAAAGGUGUCUAUGCAGCAGGCCAACUUCCUUCAUAAGCCAGCGCCAAAGGAGGUGAAAUUUUGUCAUGAAACCGCCUUUGAGACAUGGGCAUUUUGGUUGUAUUCUCUGAUUGGACAGCUGUCCGGUGACCGUGAUCUUAGAAGCAGGGGCGUUAGACCAGAGGAGCAGACAGUCGCGGGACCGUUUGUGCUGCCAUCAAAACCUAUGGCAUGCCUGUUUCUCGGACACAGUGGACAGGGCGGCAUUUCCAGCAAGCCGUCGUAUAUCAGCAGAGGACUGUUUGCGACUAAGCGUUUCACAUUUACACGGCUCGAAAUCCUCAAAGGUGUUAUCCCACCAAACACAAGAGCUGCGACAGGGUCUGCAAAUACCGUGCCUGCGCCACCGCGACGACAACCGCCGUCCGUGAAGCACAAUAAGAGAAGGCGGAUGGAGGAUGUGUUGGGCUCCUUUGGGUGA